UGGGUGCGAGGUAACAUGGUGGUUUGGUUAUCGCCUAUCAGUCAUAGACAGAAGAAGGUUGGAGUGACUGAACGCUUGAGUGGUCGGCUUUUUAUUUUCAUUUUUCCUUUGAUUUUGUGCUUUCGUUUGUCUUCAAAAUGGAGAUGGAGAAGAGGAUCAGUUUGGAGUUGAGGAACAAGACCCCAGCCGAGGUGGCUGAGCUGGUGGUGGACAACUGUCGGUCCAGUGAUGGAGAGGUGGAAGGGCUGUCAGAUGACUACAAGGAGCUGGAGUUCCUCAGCAUGGUCAACGUGGGGCUCACCUCCCUGGCUAAGCUGCCCUCCCUGCCAAAACUGCUCAAGCUGGAGAUCAGUGAUAACAUGAUCGUUGGAGGUCUGGACCAACUGUCUGAGAAGUGUCCCAACCUGACGUAUCUCAACCUGAGCGGCAACAAGAUCAAGGAGCUCAGCACUGUGAAGCCUCUGAAAAACCUGAAGAACCUGAAGAGUCUGGACCUGUACAGCUGUGAGAUCACCACUCUGGAGGACUACAGGGAGAGUGUCUUUGAGCUGCUGCCCCAGGUCACCUUCCUGGACGGCUAUGACCACGAAGACAACGAGGUGCCAGACUCCGAGGCUGACGAUGAUGACAACGAGGGGCUAGACUCAGAGGCGGAUGAUGAUGACGAGCACACAGCUGGCCCCACCAGAGAUGGGGAUGACGACGAUGAUGAGGAUGAUGAGGGUUCCGAGGGCGAAGAGGUGGGGCUGUCCUACCUGAUGAAGGAUGGCAUUCAGGAUGAGGAAGAUGAUGAUGACUAUGUUGAAGAGGAGGAGGAAGAGGAUGGAGUAGGAGUCCAGGGAGAGAAAAGGAAGAGGGACGCAGAGGACGAGGGAGAUGACAGCGAUGGGGAUGACGACUAGCCCCUCCUGUAACAGAGCAUGGGAUCACAACUAGGCUAGAACAACAGGAACAGGAAAUAGUUUGUGAAUUAUUUUUUUUGUAUACCAUAUAUUACUGUAGAAUCUAAAUGUUUAAUUUGUUUUGUAAAUGUUCCAUACAAAAAGAAAAGCGGGUUGGAAUUAUAAAAUGGAAUGUGGUUUUGAAACAUGACAUGUGGGUAGGGGCUAUAGCAUUCAGACAAGGUGAUGUUUAAUUCUGAGAAGUUGUAGUGGCCCAUUUCAAGUCUAUCUUGUUGUGAUUGUCUCCUAUGCCAUGUUCUCCCAAGACUUUAGUUGUCAAGCGAAAGAUCCAUGUGCUGUCUGGUUGGCUGAUAGUAAGGUUUAUAUGGGAGGAGCUAUAGGAGGACAGGCUCAUUGUUAUGGCUUAAAAUGUAACAUUUAUUUAACUAGGCAAGUCAGUUAAGAACAAAUACUUAUUUACAAU